AUGGAGCCAUCUGAUUCUAUAGUUGGUGCGUUGUUUCGCACUCAAAUUCUACAAAAAAACUCCAGCGGCAUUGAUGCCGUCGGGCUGUUCUCAAUCGGCCCAGCUGCGGACUCUGGCUUUGAUUUCACAAUACUCUUUGAAGAUGUCUUCCUUAGUAUCCUGCCAUCUGCGCUCCUUCUGGUCGCUUUGCCGCUUCGUAUGUUCAGCUUGCAAAGGAGUCGACCGAAGGUUGCCAAGGGCGGCAUUCUACAUGAUUGCAAGCUGCUCUUCCUAUCAGUUUUGACUGCGAUGAACCUGGCUUUACUUGGCCUACAAGCUGGAAUACCAUCACAACGUACCAGUGUCACUGUUGCUACGGCGGCCCUUGUGUUUGUCACGAGCUUGGGGCUUUGUGUGCUCUCACGCUUUGAACAUAUCAGGUCGAUUCGGCCAUCGCCAAUUAUUAAUGCCUACCUACUGUUGACGUUGGUAUUCGAUAUUGCUCGUGUGCGAAGCCUUUUCCGUACCAAUGCUGAUAAAUCAAUCGCUGCAUGUUUCUCGAGCAUGAUCGGUGUCAAGGUCAUGGUUCUACUUGUCGAAGCCAUCGAAAAGCGCGAUUUGCUGCUCGAGCCUUAUCGGCACUUGUCGCCUGAGGAAACAAGCGGCAUAUAUAGCAAGUCGUUCUUCUUUUGGCUGAAUCAACUCAUGACGAGCGGCUUCCGCCGUCUUCUACGGAAUAGUGACCUGUAUCCCAUUGAUCGCGAGAUGCGCUCCGAAGCACUACAGACACGAAUGCAACGUACCUGGGGAAAUACCACUAAAGUCUCUCAGGCCUCUUCAAGGGCACUUUUCUGGGCUGUUAUAAAGGCAAACCGCAGAUCAUUUUUUUACUGUAUUGUUCCACGGCUCUGCGUAACUGCUUUUCGAUACACACAACCAUUCCUUUUAACUCGCACUGUCUGGUACGCAAGUGACCUAUCGCAGUCGGAGAGCAUUGGCUGGGGACUUACUGGGGCUUUCUUCCUGGUGCUUCUUGGUUUGGCUGUUUCAAACGGCCUCUACUACCAUAUGAACUAUCGAUUUGUUACCAGUGUUCGAGGUAGUCUUAUAAGCGUUAUAUACGCCAAAACUCUUGACCUGAGUAUUACUGCUCUGGACGAAUCAGUAGCCGUAACAUUGAUGUCAAGUGAUACUCAAUCUAUCUGCAAUGGCUUCCAAAUGAUUCACACUUUUUGGGCAGUGCCACUUGAAGUAGGAAUUGCUCUCUACCUGCUCGCCCGACAGCUUGGUCUUGCGUGGAUUAUGCCGGCCAUUUUGACUCUCGUUUCUGCAGUUGGCAUUUUGUCUAUCGCAAAACUGAUGCAUCGUGCGCAGGUGGUCUGGAUGCAAAGCAUACAGACCAGAGUAGACGUGACGGCGACCAUGCUGAGCUCGAUGAAGUCUGUCAAGAUGCUUGGUUUCACCGAUUGGCUAAGUAGCAUCGUUCAAGGGCUAAGAGUAGAGGAGCUCAAAAUGGCCGGAAUGUUUCGAAAAUUGUUGAUUGUUCGUGUCUUCUUUGGCAAUCUUCUGGGAACACUGGCACCGUUUGCGACAUUUGCCAUAUUCGCGAUCCAAGGAAGCAAGGAUGGACGCGUGCUGACUGCAGAUUCUGCAUAUACUGCUCUAUCGCUUAUAUCACUAAUUUCCAGUCCUAUGAACGAAUUAAUUCGUGCUAUUCCGUCAAUGAAUGCCGCUAUGGCGUCUUUGAACCGCAUUCAAUCAUUCCUCAAUUCUGACUCGCGACGAGACAAUCGUCUUUCUCUGCAAGACUUGAGCGUUGGUCCGAGACAAGGUUUUGGUUACCAGACUGCUGAAGAGUACGAGCUUGUAGAGCGAACACCUGUCGAGGCUGAUUCUUCUGCAAUGGUACUCGCGCGGAAUGUCAGUUUUUCGUGGACUCAAAAUGAUGAGCCAGUUGUCAAUGAUGUGAACUUCAGCAUUUCGCGGGGCCAUUUAUGUAUUAUCAUAGGCCCCAUUGGCUGUGGUAAGAGUACGCUGCUUAAGGGACUCCUUGGCGAAACGCUCUCUACCAAGGGUUUUCUUUAUGUUAAGGACCAGGAAAUUGCGUUCGUAGACCAGUCGCCAUGGAUUCGCAAUGCGACUUUCCAGGAUAACAUCCUGGGGAUCUCUGCUUAUGAUGAGGCUUGGUAUAAUAAGGUUGUCUGGGCUUGUGCUUUGGAUCAAGAAACUGCACUUCCCAAUGGACACUUAACUAAAGUUGGAAGCUCGGGAAUAUCACUUUCCGGAGGACAAAAACAGCGCCUUGCACUUGCUCGUGCAGUCUAUGCUCGCAAGCAGGUCUUAAUGCUUGAUGAUGUCUUUUCUGGUCUUGAUGCCGAUACUGAAGAACGGAUUUUCACGCGCCUGCUGUCGCCGCAGGGUCUUUUACGCAAGACGGGCAUUACAGUGCUAUUAGUUACCCAUGCUAUCCAUCGUCUCGCUUACGCUGAUCGUAUCAUCGCGAUGGAAAAAGGCUCGAUAGCUGCACAGGGAACUCUUGCGCAGAUUGAAGCUGCGGGAAACGCCGUAUCAUUGCUUAAAGCAUCUACUCGAGCAAUGAAUCAAGUAUCAGAAUCAGACCGGCAGCAACCACAAGAGACAAAUGGAAUUAUACCGGAGAUACGGGAAGAUGCUACUACUACAGAUAAUGGGUUGUCAAGGCAGCAUGGGGAUUUGUCGCUAUAUGCGUACUACUUGGGCUCCGUCCAUUGGUCAUCGGCGUUGGUCUGGGCUUCUUGCUUUGUGCUCCAAGGAGUGGCGGCAAAAUCUAGUGAAUUUCUAGUGAAUUUUUGGACAAGUGCAGCUGAGUCACAGGGUAAUAGCGUCAACGGGUUCUAUCUCGGUCUUUACGGUAUGCUAGCUGCCCUAUCCACUGUCGCUUUGAUCGGAGGCGGCUCUCAUUACAUCUUGUAUUAUGCUCCUAUCAGCGCCAAAGUUUUUCAUGAGCGGCUUUUAAAAUCAGUCAUGAAUGCGCCACUCGCAUUCUUUACCUCUGUGGACAUGGGAAUUACAACGAACAGAUUUAGUCAAGAUAUGACGCUGAUCGACAACGAUCUUACGUAUUCCAUGACCGAUUUCCUCUUGUCGCUCUCGAGUGGAAUCAUGUCUGCGAUACUGAUGUGUACCUCCGCACGCUACUUUGCAGCAACCCUGCCACCAGUUCUCCUGCUCAUGUGGACACUACAGAAAUUCUACCUCCGAACGUCCCGCCAAAUGCGAAUUCUUGACUUGGAAGCCAAAUCACCUCUGUUCUCCCAGUUUAUUGAGAGUCUCUCUGGGUUGGUUACUAUUCGGUCCUUCGGAUGGUCAUCCACUUUUGAGAAAGAAAACCUCGUCUUGCUGGAUGCAUCACAGAAGCCGUUUUACUUACUUUACUGUAUCCAGCGUUGGCUCGAGCUCUCCUUGGACCUGAUGGUCACAGGAUUAUCUGUUGUUCUAAUGACCAUGAUCGUGAAACUCCGAGGCGAAGUUGGCGCUGGAUAUGUCGGCUUGGGUAUCCUUAACGUCAUCAGUUUCAGUCAAACAUUAUCGUUGAUCCUCCGCACUUGGACCGAACUCGAGACCUCGAUCGGUGCGAUCGCACGAAUUAGAGACUUUACUGGUACUACAGCAAAUGAGAAUAGACCGGAGGAGAAUAUUCCGCUUCCUAGCAGCAUCAGGCGCAGCAGCAACAGCAGUAGCAAUACUAAACUUAACGAACAAUCGUCAUGGCCGCAUAAAGGAGCCAUCGAAUUCCGAAAUGUCUCUGCCUCAUACGGAACCGGUGACAAAGACAAGGCCGUCAUUCGCAACCUAUCCAUGUCUAUUUCUGCCGGCGAAAAGAUUGGUAUUUGCGGCCGUAGUGGUAGUGGGAAAAGCUCUCUUUUGGCAGUUCUUUUCCGUAUGUUGGAGGUCGAUGCUGAGAGCCAGAUCACUAUAGACGGUGUCGAUAUUACACGUGUCCCACGACAGCAGUUGCGAGCCGCUCUCAACGCGAUCCCUCAGGAGCCAUUCUUUACGCGUGGCACGGUGCGUGCGAACGCAGAUCCAUCGGACAGUCUCUCAACCGAGGAGAUCACGGAUGCAUUACGGGCUGUGCAGCUGUGGGAUAUCGUGCAGUCCAAGGGCGGACUCGAUGCCGAUCUCGAAACAAACUUCUUCUCCCAUGGCCAGCGACAGCUAUUCUGUCUUGCGCGCGCGCUUCUGCGACGUCAAAGCGGUAAAGUCGUGGUACUGGAUGAGGUGACUAGCAACGUGGACUUGGUGUCUGACGUAUUAAUGCAGCGUGUUAUCCGUGAGCAGUUUGCAGAUUGCACGAUACUGGCUGUUGCGCAUCGACUUGAUACAAUCAUGGACUUUGACCGGAUCGCUGUGAUGCGUGAUGGCGAGCUGGUUGAGUUUGACUCUCCGCGGGUUUUGCUGUCGCGAGAUAGUGCAUUCAAAGAGCUAUAUGAGUCUUUAUGA